AUGGAUGGCAGAGGUACUCGGGGUUUGCUACUGAAGGAAAUCUGUGUUCGAGGGGAAGGACUCCAAAAGGGUCUCGAGGAGGGAAGAGAUAGCAGCAAUGGGGUUAGGCGAGGUGUGGUGAAAGAGGCUGGGACGAAGGCAACAGAGAUGAGUGGAACAAGUGUAAAUUCGAAAACGCUAGAGGAAUUUCCCAUGGCAACCGCUGAAUCCAUUGCAUCGGACAUUCGAAUUGACCAUAAGUUUUGCGAAGAGGAAGACGACGAAGAGGUCGUUGACGUAGAGACGGUGAUUUCAGAGGAAAAGGCACCGACAAAAACUCCCUUCUCAUCCCCUCCCAUCAUGCGGACCACAUCUGCACAGAGGCAGCAUUUAUCUCCCCCACCGAUUUCACACCAGUCAUCAAUUUCUCUGGCAGCAUCGGUACUCGACGGUACAAAUAAACAGCCCUCCUGGAAGGUUGGCGGUCCCACUGUGAUUCAAAUGGCCCGACCACAGUAUUGUAUGUACUGUGGCGCCCAUUUUCCCUCUUCCCCAACCGGCCUAGAUAACUCGGAGCUAUGGGCCCACUCUGUCAGGUGCGCACAGCAACCGAACACAAGAGCCCUGACGACUGUAUCCAGUGGGACGGAGGGCCUAGAUACAGUCUUGUGUAGGCCUAACCGCACCGCACUCCCAUUGAGUCCUCCGAAAUCCAUCGCUUUCCAACCCUCUGUCAUACAGACGCCCACCUGCACACCAUCCUGUCCACACUUGCCCGUCUUCGUUUCGACGCCUCCUGUUUUCACAGCCUCUGCCACGUUGAAGUCAGCCGGUGAGCCUGAGACACAAUCUCCACAGGUUCGGUGGGAGUCGAGUGAGCCGGCCGGUGAACGACGAGUUCAUCAGGCGGAAAUAGAGGCAACACAGGCGCACUAUCUGCAGUUUAUGGGGGCUUGGCUCACGCAGUUGUUGUGGCAGAUCGGGGAGCCCAACAACUCUCUGGCCGACAUUAAGGGAGCUUUCGCCCAGUCAUUGCUGCGACAGUGCUGCUGCGAAUAA